AUGUCGCACACUAGCGCGAACAACACGAUCAUAGAUCCAAAGGACUGCACGUUCGAGACCUGCUCGAUCGAGGACUCAUACUUUGACUACCGGCCCUCACUCGCGCUCAACAGUCUGCUCAUUGCGCUGUUUGGGCUCUCUGUGGUGCUGUACCUCAUCCAGGGCAUCCGCUACAAGACAUGGAGCUUCCUCGCCGUGAUGCUGCUGGGGAAUAUUGGAGAGAUCAUUGGCUAUGCCGGACGAGUCAUGGGAUAUAAUAAUCCGUUUACAAUGGACCCCUUCUUGAUCCAAAUCUGCUGCCUCACCUUCGCACCUGCCUUCUUCGCCGCUGGCAUCUACCUCUGUCUCUCCCGGAUCGUCAUCAUCUUCGGCGCCGACAUCUCCCGCAUCCCCCCAAAGGCCUACACCUGGCUCUUCGUCACCUGCGACUUCAUCUCCCUUGUCCUCCAAGCCGCCGGCGGCGGCAUCGCCUCAGUGACCUCCCAAGACGGCGAGUCCCCCACGCUCGGCACCAACAUCAUGAUCACCGGCCUGGCCUUCCAGGUGUUUACACUCGCAAUGUUCAUGAUUCUGUGCGCCGAGUACGCGCUGCGCGUGGUGCGGCGCAAGGGCAGCCUCGACCCCACGCACGCGAAGCUCCGGGCCAGCCGCAAGUUCCGCGGGUUCUUGUGCGCGCUGGCGUUGAGCACCACGUUUAUCAUGAUUAGGAGCGUGUAUCGAGUUAUUGAGAUGGCGCAGGGGUGGAGCGGCGCGCUGAUGGCGGAUGAGACGCUGUUUUUUAUACUGGAGGGGGUGAUGGUCGUGUGUGCGGUGGGGGCGCUGAAUGUGUUCCAUCCGGGGUGGUGCUUUGGGGAGGGGUAUAGGGUUACGGAGAAGGGUGGGGAGGAGGAGUCGAUGUGA